AUGAUUGCUAUACUCGAUUCGUUAUCGAUCCGUCUCGUGGUUUGGUUACAGACAAUUUUCAAGGACAAAACUGUAUGUUGUAUCAACGAAUAUAUGGAACAACUGCGCGAGGAGUGCGAUGACUCGAAGCGAAUGCUUCAAGACGCCGAUACCGGUAGUGCUUACGCAGCGGCUUUGGAGCAUAUUCAGACCAUGGAAACCGAAUACAGAUCGGCCAAAGGCCACAAUGUAAAGCUCACCAGGCAGCUCAAGUCCCUAACACAGAGUGCUCAAGACCCACAAAGGAGACAGGACGAGCACCUAGGUUCUGUGGAGACACUGACUGCCGAGCUGGAGGCGACCAAGCUAAGGCGGACCUCACAUAGCGAUGGAAAGGUCUUCCAGGCCGUCCGAUACUUCAUCCACAUGCUCGAAAACGGAUACCGGCUUUGGUUGUCUUCCAUAGGUACCGGUAUGGGCUAG